UAUAUUUUGGGGGGAACAAAUUCCUAUGCCCCACAAAUAACCCAGAGAUGCAUUUUAAAUAAAAGGAUACAUUCUACUCAUGUAAAAACACACUGAUUCCCAGACGGUCCGCUAGCUGGAUUUAGUAGGCGAUUGGGCCGGAUCCGGGCCUUAGACCCAUGCACUAAUACAAUGGGUUUCCCCCCCUGCAACAGCAUGCUUUGUGUUUGCAUAUAACUUUUUAAAAUGUUUCAGAAAUUCCUGUCAUCUUUAGUGUAACGUGUCCUUAAAUUUAGAAACAGCAUAGGCGUUUUAAAAUGGGCAGGAUUAGGACGACACAUUAUCCAUAAUUCAGUUAGGACAGACUGUUUGCAAUUAAAUUAGUGUGUUUAUUAAGCACACCUGGAGUCAGAAUUCAGCAGUGCUUGAGGUGGGAUGAAACCUUAACUCUACUGUCUUUUUUUAUUCCACUUCAAGUACUUCAGAUUAUAAAACUACAAAGAGUGUCUCAAAGCGUAUGUUUGUAGGACCCAGCUUAUUUUUAUGGUUCUAAGUUGUUUUAAAUUGUUUUUCAUAUUGUGUUUUAAUGCUGUAACCUGCCCUGAGACCUUAGAGUGAAGGGUGGGAAAUAAAUGACUGACUGACUAGGGGUUUCUGUAAGAAUUCCUGCUGUAUGAUUGCAGUCAUGGUGUUGUUGUCUUUCACAUGACAGUAUAUGUUUUGACUCCACAGAGUGGGAAGUGACGGAAACAGGAUGUUUUUGUUACUGUGUUCUUUGAAGUGGGACUAUUGUCCUUUGUUCCUUUUCUCUUUGCUGUCUGAUGCUAGAGAGAGAGGGAGCCAUGUUGCAGUGCUCCUUGUGAAAGUAAUUAGCCAAAAUGCUGAGUUGCUGAAGUCUGCCACGCAAGGUGCGCAAACUGUGGAUCCCUAAGUGUGCUGGUGUCGGUUGGCAUUGGUGGCUGUGAUAUUCGGGCUGAAAAAAGCUUAUGAAGCUCCCGAACGAUCGACCAGCAGGGAGGGAACAUGCCAGUCGGGCAUGUGUCUCUACCAGAGUCCUACUCAAGUGUAGGGAAAAUGGACGAUGCAUCUCAAAACUGGAAAAUAUGGGUUUUCGAGUAGGACAGGGAUUAAUAGAAAGGUUUACAAAAGAUACUGCCAGAUUCAAAGAUGAACUGGAUAUAAUGAAGUUUAUCUGCAAAGAUUUUUGGACUACUGUAUUCAAAAAGCAAAUUGAUAACCUCAGGACCAACCAUCAGGGCAUCUAUGUACUACAGGACAACAAGUUCCGUCUCCUGACUCAGAUGUCUGCUGGAAAACAGUAUUUGGAGCACGCUCCUAAGUACUUGGCAUUUACUUGUGGAUUAAUUAGAGGUGCUUUAUCCAACUUGGGAAUAAAGAGCAUUGUGACAGCCGAGGUUUCAACAAUGCCUGCAUGCAAAUUUCAGGUGAUGAUACAGAAGAUAUAGCACAUGUACAGAACCAGCUUCCUGCCUUGUAAAAUGACAAAUAAAAUGUAUAUUUUAUUUAUAUCCAUAGUUUAUUGAAGCUGUCCUAUAUUGUAUAAAAUGCCAUAUAGUUUAAAACACAAAUUUUCAAGUAUGACCAAUAACCAGUAUCUGCUGUAUAUCUUGCUUUUUUUCUUUUUUGGUAGUCGCUAAGUUACUGUGUGUUUCAAGGAAGAUGAAGCUUACAAGUUUGUAAAGAUGGAAUGGAAACCUUGAUUAAAUUUCAAGCUCUAA